AUGCCUACUACGACAUUAGAAACACCUACGCCUGAACAGAUUAGACAACACAAAAUCAACAGAAAAGGUAUUCUGUUGAAUCUUCUUUUAGUAGGUGAAGAAGGCAUAGGCAAAAAGACUUUCCUUAACACGCUUUGUAACCAAAAGUAUUUUAAAGAAGAGCUUGAGGAGCAAGAUGGUGACGAAACUACAUUCAAAAUUGAGAGACAUAUUGUUGGUAAGUAG